AUGUCGGAAAAUCCUCAUCAAAGAAAAUUCAGAUCAAGAACGAUUACAAUGGCGCCGAUAUGCACUUCUCCUGAUAUAUUAAAUAGACGCAUAAAGCGAGCGUAAAAUUCACUUACUCCCCCCCCCCUCCGUGAGCGAACAAAAAAAUUUUGUUCGCUCACGGAGGGGGGUUAAUUUUUUUUUUAAAAAAAAUUUAUAUAUAAAUAUUUUUUUCGAAAUUUAAAAAAAUCCUAAUUUGCAAAAAUUGGGAAGCAAAUAUUAAUUUAAUUUGCAAAAUUUAUAUUUUAAAACGCAAUUUGUUUAAAAUUAAACAGAAUUAGCUCUAGAUUUCAUUAUACUAAUUAUCACUUAUAUAUCAAAAUUUUUUUCCAUUAAAAUUUUUUCUAUUAAAAAAUUUUUGUUCACUCACGAGGGUGGGUUUUUGGUCAAAAAAAUGGCGAUUUUUCUAAUGGUUUUGUUCGCUCACGGAGGGGGGGGGGGAGUUAGACUAUCAAUUGGAAAAGAAAUGGUUGCAAAGAGCGAAACUCCAAGCCCUACAAAAGUAUAUGAGACUGAUUCAGGAAGGCUCAUUGAUUUAGGAGAGCUCUUUAAUCCUCCUCGAAGCGCAGAUCAUGAUGAAGAAAGAAUUUCUUUUAACGACGACUCUGUCAGAAGAUAUUAUGAUCUGUUAGGAGAUAAUGACUCUUUGUAUUGUCUGGAAUCUCCUCAAAAAGUCGAAAUGCAAGAGGCUGAGCCUGAGCUUUCUGUUAUUAGUUCUUCGCUAAUCAGCGAAGAUGAUCUAAUUAGGGAAGAUGAUCUAAUUAGGCAAGAAGAUCAUACUUUUGUUAUGCUUAAAAAACCUCAAAUUAGCUUGCUUUUUGAUGAAAAAUUAGAAACUACUGGGGAAAUAUCUGGCAGAACUCUGGAACUUUCUGAAAGUGAAAUUAGUGCAUCUGAGAAAGCGAUAAGUCCAGUUACAAUGAAAAACGAAAAGGAAUUAAGAAAUAAAGGAAAGGUGGGAAGUACAAAGAGAAUAGAAAAUCAAAGAUUAGAUAGGCUGAGAAGGCCAAACAAAUCUUCAAAAUCAGUAGUUUCCCAAUCAUUUUCUAAAGCGUCUGAUUCUUCAAAGCCAUUGGGCUCUUAUGCUAUAUCAAUGAGAACAUCUCAAUCUUCGAGUUAUGAAUCAGAAGAUAUAAUAAAGCCUGAGCCUGUUCCAAUUGAUAAAGUAACAGUGAUAAGCAAUUUAUCCAUUUCUUAUGAAGAAGAAAAGGAGCACUCAAGAGUUUAUUCUGCUAAAGAAGACUCUGAAAUCAUAGUUGAAGAAGUUUCAAAUGAGGACCUCAAAGUAGAAACCCAAAAACAAAAUAACGAGGAAAGAAAGGGGAAAUUUACAAGGGUUGUUAAUUAUUAUCAAUCUCAUGCUAAAAAUGACUCCGAGCAUUCGACUGAUCAAAACGGCAUCUUAAUUGCAUCAGAUGAGAACCAGCAAGAAGAGAAAAGUUCUGAUUCUAAAAGAAAAACUAAAAUAAAAAGGAAAAUAAAAGUUUUAAAGAGCGAAAAUCAAGAGUUGCUUCAACAUAUAGAAGAAUUAAAACAAAAAAACGAAGAAUUAGAAUCAAAACUUAAUAUCUUGCUAUCUGAUGAAAAAUAUUCGAUUUUUGGAAAUAAUAAAAUGAAAUUCAUAAAAGAUCUUGAUAAGCUGCUUAAAGAAAAGUAAUUUUUAUUCAGAAAACAAAUGGAGAGCAAACUCAAAGAAAAAGACAACGACAUCAUAUCUCUACGAAAUCUAAAUGAGAAAUUAUUAAAAGAAAAGGUUGAAUGAAUGAGUUCAAUUGAAGAAUUUGAAAAGAUAAAGGCUAAUGUUAAGCAUUAUGAAGAAAUAACCCAAUUGAAACCGAAUUCUUUGCAAGAAUUAAAAAAUUAUAAAAAAAAUGAUAUAGAGUUAAGGAAGAAAUUAGAAGAGAUAUCAAAAGAGAAUGAAAAUCUUAAAAAAGUUAAUGAAGCGCUUGAAAGGGCUAAACAUAUGCUAUUAAAAGAAAAAAAAAGCAAAAAUGAUGAGCAAGAAUACCUACUAAAUUUAAUUAAUAGCUAUAAAGACCAACGAGACUCUGCACUUGAAAAAAUUAGAGAAUUGGAAAAGGUGAAUGAAAGUAAAGAUAUCCGGUGCCAAGAUUUGAUUAAUAAAUGCAAAGGAUUUCAACAGGAAUUAAAACUUAAAGAAAAGUCUCCAAGUAGAUCCCCAAAAAAGAAUUCGUAUGCUGAGCAAAUUGGUGAACUUAAAAAAACUCUUUACUCAAAAUUAUCUUCUGCAAAUUUUAGGAGUACUGUAUCUUUAUAUAGGGUUUUACCCUGAUUAGCCCAAUAAGGGUAAAAACCCUAUAAUAAAUAAUUUAUACUUAAUAAUGAAAAUGUGUUAUCAAAUAACUUAAUUAAUUGUGAAUAA